AUGGAUGAUUAUUAUUCGUCAUCGAUCGAGUUGUCAACAGGUUCUCCACACCCCACUCAUCAUACUGCUACCCAUCUUUCAUUGUUGGUGUCUACAACUUGCCUCUAA